AUGGGGGCUGUUGUUGACCUGAACUCUGAAUUCCAGGAGCUGAGGGACUCCGUUGUGAAAUACCACAGGGAGGACACCGCCUUCACCUCCAAGUCACAAAUCUUCUACAACAAAGGCCAUGCGCACAGCUGCAUCAACUGCUUCCUCGUACUGCGGUUGGAGCGGCAGGCGAGCGGGGAGGAGACGGUAGGUAUUUCGUGGUCCUACCCGUACACGCCGGCUGCAUCUCUAUUGCGGUACCCCAAUUUAGGCAAAUUCGCGAUGGCCAACGCCGGCACCUCGUACACGGUGGACCAGCUGAGCUACACAUUUGUGCUGACAGAUAGCAAAGGCGUUCGUGAGUAUGGCCACACGACAGCCUUCGUGAACGGCGAGGCAGUUGUGACCAUCUCGCCAUAUCCGUGGUGCAACUUCUUUUACCGACUCGCGUACCUGUUUGUCGCCAAUGGACACGAAGGUGGACGGAGGCUCGUGAAGGCGUUGUGCAAGUGCUCCACGCCGCCGUCAGGUGGCAUGUUCAACACCCCGCUGGAUCUCGGCUUGACUUUUAAUCGGCCCUAUGAUCGCCUCUGCUCCUUCAUUGACACGGCGCCGCUCGACAUGCUUGUCAUCUUUCCCAACAUGGACGAUCUCUUCUCCGUUUUAGCGGACCUCAUGCUGGAAAAGCACAUCAUCAUUGUGGGGCCAAACUUUUCGAUUGUCUCAAAUGUCGUCAUGUCGCUGCAGGCGCUCGUCGCCCCUUUUGACUGGAUGCACAUCCUCAUUCCGAUUCUUCCAACCGCGCUGCUCGACGUCCUGGCCGCGCCACCGCCCUACUUGGUCGGAAUCCUCACGUCGCAGAUACCGCAGCUGACGCGUGUACCCCUCGACUCGGUAGUGGUGGUCCGCCUCGACCCCCGCGGCGUCUGUGAGCGUGUCGAUUACCACAACGAAACCCGCGAUCGUCUGCCACACUCCGGCAAGUUCAGCGCGCUGCGGACGGGGCUGUCUAUACUGCGGAUGCGGCACCCGAAGGACCAGACGGUGCGGGACCUAUGCAGCUUGUUCCUUACGUACUACGCCUCUCUCUUCGGCGAGAUUGUGCUAAAGGGGGAGCGCCGGUAUGUCCGCAACGAGGGGGUGCUUGAGAGCACGCACGUUUUCUUUGAGAGACUGCUUUGCACCCAGAGCUUUACCAUAUUGAUCGAGGAGGUCAGGCGGGCACUUAACUCACCCAACUCUAACGACUGGAUGGACAAUGAGUUCAUCGUCGCCGCGGUGCGCGGGCAGCGUGACAUAUUCCCAGAGCACUACGAGGCCCUUACGAUGGAAGAAAGGAAUGGCGGAGGAUUUAUUGAAAAGUACGAAGAUUGUUUUGGUAGCAAAGAACGUUUCAACGGCUUCACUGCCGCCGUGCACGGCUUUGGUGGCCAUCCGCUUGGCGUUGGACGUCUCUUCAUUAGGUGCUUGUGCUCCCGCUGGUGCGGGUCCGACCUGUCAGAAGAGACGGAUGACAGCUACUACCCGGGUUGCCGUAUGGGGAAGGCGAUUCUGCAGCACCGCUACCGCUCCUCCUCGACGGAGGCCCCUGUGAUCACUGACGAGAUGAUGACUGAGAUGCCGUCGACGCACGCGCCACCGGAGGACGGCGUACGUGAGUUUACUGUCUCCGUUUCCGCCAUGACGUCCUCCUCCACCGAGACUUGUAUCCCCAAGUCCUUGUCCUGCUGA